UCUGCUGUAAAAAAAUAAUGAAAUGCUGAAUGUUGGUUUCUGUGCCUGCAUCUUUAAUCCUCCAGGACUUUGAGAACAACAAUGAAUUAAAGUGUAAGGUCAUUACAUUCCUAGAGGAAGUGAUCCACGACCCAGAGCUGUUGACCCAGGAAAGAAAAGCUGCUGCGAACAUCAUCAGAACUCUGUCCCAGGAAGAACCAGGCGACAAUCAGAUCAGCCUGGAAGAGGUGAUACGGCUGGCAGAAGGAGGAAAGGCCGAGCCCUUUGAGAACCUCUCAGCCCUGGAGAUAGCAGAGCAGCUCACACUACUGGACCACCUGGUCUUCAAGGUCAUCCCCUACGAAGAAUUCUUCGGACAGGGAUGGAUGAAGAACGACAAAAAUGAGAAGACGCCAUACAUCAUGAAAACAACAAAGCACUUCAAUGAUACAAGCAACCUGAUCGCCACGGAGAUCCUGCUCUGCGAGGACGUGGUGACGCGGGUCGCGGUGAUAGAGAAGUGGGUGGCGGUGGCCGACAUCUGCCGCUGUCUGCACAACUACAACGCAGUCCUGGAGAUCACUUCCUCCCUGAACCGCAGCUCUGUCUUCAGGCUCAAGAAGACCUGGCUCAAGGUCUCCAAGCAGACAAAGGCUGUGAUUGACAAGCUCCAGAAGCUGGUUUCGUCCGAGGGGAGGUUCAAAAACCUGCGGGAGGCUUUGAAAAACUGCGACCCCCCCUGUGUGCCGUACCUGGGGAUGUACCUCACGGACCUGGCCUUCAUCGAAGAGGGCACGCCCAACUACACAGAGGACAGCCUGGUCAACUUCUCCAAGAUGAGAAUGAUUUCCCACAUCAUCAGAGAAAUCCGACAGUUUCAGCAAACGGCAUACAAGAUCGAUCAUCAACCAAAGGCAACAGAGUAUUUGCUGGACAAGAGCACUGUGCUGGAUGAAGAGAGUAUGUAUGAAGCCUCACUCAGAAUCGAGCCCAAAGUGUCCAACUGAUUACAUUAUUUUCCUUGUUAAUAAAGUCAACAUCAAUACAUGUAAACACUAACUUUUGUAAAGAUGUAUAUGUCUAAAAAUCUAAAUAUUUGCUCCUCUGUAUAAAAAAAUUAUGUUUGGAAUUGUUUUGACUCAUUAACAAACGGUAUGUUUUGUACGUUGAGUUUGUUUGUUCGGAGGCAUAAUAACAGAGGUCACUCUCUUUGUACAGCCUAGUGACCAAUGACAUUAUUCUGCAUUGUUUCAUACCUUGUCAAAUUUGCACUCUGAAUACUUAUGCUAACUGAAUUCUGUGUUUGUGAGUGGUUGUUAUCUAUGCUUGAUGUUUAACGAUGAUUCAGUAACUCUGCAAAUAAUGUAGCAUUAUAAAAUAUAACUGUAUAAAAUCAGGUAAAGCAGCACAGAGAAUUUCACAAUGGGAGUUGGCGACAAUAUAUUUCAAGCAUAGUUAUUCUUACUAUUCCAAAACCAAAAUAAAGGGGUAUUUAUAUCAGUACAUGAAAACCCACUAUUAUUUUUUUCUCAUACAGUUAUACCUGGUGUCAGAUUAAAUUAACUCCUCUCCAUCUAGAUUAAUUUAUGAAUAAUAAUCUGACAUAACCCUCGAUAGGGUCUGUACUUCAAAUAGGCAAUAAUAACAAAGGCUCUUAUUUGUGUUUAUGGUUUGUAAAGGGAACAAGCAGACUCUACUGCUAUACACACAACAUGUUAGCAUGAUAUAAUAUAUGUAUAAUGUUUUUAAAGCAGAAACCCUCAACUUUCAACCUCAUCCCAUCGGGUUAAGAUGUUAAGUGUUGUUGUGAAAUGUUUACAAUGAUAUUAAGUCACUCACAUUUACUCUGACAGAGCAAUAUUUAACUCACGAUUAUCCUCCCAUCUCCCCUCCCCCUAUAUGUUACUGCCACACGUCCUCUGUCAUUUACUUCUAUUUUAAAAGGGCCAUCCAAGGUGUUUUCAUCCUCCUUAUGAACAUAUCUUAUCAUUUGAAAAAUAAACUCACAGCUAAUGAACAAACCCUCGUCCAAGAGAGAAAGAUAGAAAGAAAGAAAGAAAGAAAGAAAGAAAGAAAGAAAGAAAGAAAGAAAGAAAGAAAGAAAGAAAGAAAGAAAGAAAGAAAGAAAGAAAGAAAGAAAUGAAAGUAGUCCAAUGGCAAUGCAUCAGGUUUGGUGGUUUAGAGAAAAAGGUUGUUGCUCUUUUAUAAUAAAGACAAUCUGUUUUCUUUUUGUGUCAUUCCCGUAUUUGUGGAACAUGACUGUAUAUCACUCUGUUAAAUGUAUUUUUGUUUAACAAUAUUAUAUGCGAAUGAUUUCUGCCUGCAGCAUUAAAACACUAUUUUUGUAGUAAAAAGAGGGACCUCUCUUUGUAUGAGAAAAUGGGAGUAUUUUGUAUUUUACUCAAGAUACAGAAUUGUGCUUUACAUUUUGUACCUGCAACCCCUGCAUAUUUCUCAGUGUGGAACAGUUGAAGAUAUAUGAAGAUAUAUUGUAUCUCAAGCUUGAAUUAAUACUGCUACAGUCGUGUUACCCUGAAACCACCAGUUAUGACAUGAAUUUAAAGUGUUUUCCACUGAUACUGUAAUCCUGUCUAUGAUCACCCUUCAGCAGGAAUAUAGUAAUGUAGUGCUUAUUCUGUGAAUAUAUGUAUGUCAUUUUACUAAUUUUUUGUACAGAAUAUUGACGCUCAUCUGGCGGCAUGCAAAACCUUUACAGACACAAUAUUAAAGUGAACUAUACGCUCUCAUCAUGUAAACACUUAAAAAACACAUACUCCAAGCACAUCAACUCACAUUCACAAAGUAUAUAAAUAAACAUCUUUGCUGUUAGCAAUA